UUUAUCUCUAAAUAUACGAUUAAUCUGCUCAUUAUUUACACUCUAUCUUACAGUAAAAACCAGAUGGGAAAUUUCGACCACACAUCAUGCUCCUGUACAGGCAAAGGUGUUGUCCUCAAAAACGCUAUACCUGGGGACCAACUUGAUGAAGUCCUGAGACGCAGAGCAGAGGAGUACAGGAAACAGCAGAACAGGACAAAUACCAACCUAGAUGUCCUACUCGUAGCUCCUUCCAACUCUCCUCUUCAAUAUCCUAUUCAUGGCUUCACAGUUGAACCCUUGACAAAGAGCCUGAUUCCAGGCUUAGCUGUGCAUGCAGGAACAAGGGAACUUUACAAGGUGUUCUUGAGUGUGUCCUAUGGUAAUCUGUUAGUUGACGGUGCAACAGAAACAGAUCUGGUGGUAGGCCAGGGUCAGAAUGCGCUGAACAUUUCAACUACGUGUGUGGAUCGACUGAAUCAGCUCCUGAGUCAGGUGUCGUACACCAGCACCAUCUACCGCAUCAACACCAGAGACUUGGCAAACUUCACAUUUGAAGACCAUGCAGUCACGUUUCCCAUUAUCAUUAAGAGGUCUUCUAUGCCCGUUUUAUAUGAUCCUGGAACAGAUAUCAACACUCAAGUGACAGUUGCAACUAAAACCUUCCUCAGAUACAAGGAGCUAAAUGUCCUAAUUGAAAGUAUUCGGAAGUAUUACAAGGACAUUAAAAUCAUUAUUGCAGAUGACAGUUUAAACCCAGAAAGGGUGAACGGCUCUAACAUUGAACGUUACAUUAUGCCUCCAGCUCAGGGCUGGUUUGCUGGCAGGAACCUGGCUGUCUCUCAAGUAACAACGAAGUACUUCCUGUGGGUAGACGAUGACUUCCAGUUUAACAGUGAGACCAAAAUUGAGAGUUUUGUGGAGAUCAUGGAGGCUGUGCCAGAGUUGGACAUUGUGGGUGGUGCUGUGAACAACAAUCAGUUCUAUUUCAAGCUAGUCUAUGAGAGUGGGGACAUGGAAGAGGGAGGCUGUCUUUCCAGAGUCUUCAACACUACCCACCAGGCUCUCCCCAGCUAUCCACAUUGCUCUCUUGUAGAUGGCGUCGUCAACUUCUACUUGGCCCGAACGGACUCAGUGCGUAGGGUGGGCUUUGACCCCGUCCUUAAUAGAGUGGCACACAGUGAGUUCUUUAUGGAUGGCCUUGGAGAGCUGUUGGUUGCCUCUUGUGGCAAUAUCAAAAUUGGCCACCAGGCUCAGGUUAACCACAAUACCUAUAGUGAAUACAGGACGCAGAAGAAAACUGAUGAGAGAAGGAAACUAGCCCACCAUUUCUUCAAGAACCAUCUAAAAUGUGUUGAGUACUGA